GUAAGUGAUCACGAAUCGGGCUUUCAGUUAUUCCUCUUUCCCUGAGAUUGGAUCCCUGCCAUUUUCUCAACUCUUCAACCUCAUUUUCCGUCAUUUCACUCUCAAACCAUGCCGGAAUCCGACGAACAACCACCGCCAUCGACGCCGUCAACGGCGUCCACCCCACCUGUUUACAUACAUCCACGAAGAGAACCUUUCGAACACGGCCUUCUCCCUAUCCCUAAACUUAUCUUCACCGACGGAGCUCAAACUCUCAUUCCAAUUCGCGAUAAGCUCCUAUCCUUAUCAUCUGGAUCGACACAUAGAGUUAAUUUUGAAGCAAUUGCUGAAGCAUUUCAGAUCUCACAUGACCAUGCUCGACUUGUCAUUGAGACAAUCGCCUCGGUUCUCCACUCCGAUUCUGAUCCCAGCGUUACCGCUAAGCCAUCAGAUAUCGGUUCCAUUGGUAUCAACGUGUUUGAUUUGAUGAUUUUUUUGUACAUUCAGAGUUAUAAAAGGUUGCUUCCUAAAGGACAUAAGGAUUCCGCUGCAGUAGCUGAUGUUUGGCCUUCUACUUCCGCAUUUGAUGGUUUCUUAUCGGCUCUUUCGCCGUUGCAGCUUGUGCGCAGCAAUAGUCGUCGGUCUAUGCCAUCACAGGCUGAUGAAGAGGCUCAUCAAUUAUCCUAUUUACAGAAACACUUGGGAAACAUUCUGUCUCUUUUGGCAGAGUCGGUGGAAGGAGAUGGUGAAGAAUCACUGGUUUUGUCCAUGGAGAAAUUGGAGCAUCUUGGCUUCCUAAUCUAUUUUGGUGAAAAGGGAUCUGAGAGAAUCCCAUUGAGUCAGAAUGCUCCAUUUUUUGCCAAUUCAGAUCCAGAGAUGCCUGCUGUUCCUGUUCCUGCAGCUCAAGUACAUGACUGGCUUCUAGAAAAUAUAGCCUCUGCUUUGACACGAAUAACCGAGAGGGCUUCAGCAAAGGAAAAUGGACCAACUAGUGCCUCUGAUCAGGAUGUGCCAAUGGCUGAUGUCUCUGCAAGUUCAGUGAAGAGUUCGCCAGGUCCUAGAGGUCCAAGUUCCAUUGAAGGAAUUUCUAAAUCAUCAUAUGUAAGGCUGCCAAAUGACAUUAAGGGCUCCUCUGUAAAGGUUAUCAAUUGCCAUGAAUCAGUCAUUUAUAUUUUAGCUCCUUUGAAAUAUGCGACAGUGUAUGGAUGCUCUGAUGCAACUAUUGUCCUGGGAGCUGUAGGCAAGGCUGUCAGAAUUGAGCACUGUGAACGUGUACACGUGAUUGCAGCAGCAAAACGUAUUUGUAUUGCCAAUUGUCGUGAAUGCGUAUUCUUCUUGGGAGUAAACCAAACACCACUUCUUGUUGGUGAUAACCAUAAAUUGCAAGUGGCUCCAUACAAUACUUUUUACUCGCUACUGGAGGAACACCUGAAGCAAGUUGGUAUUGACCCAACCAUCAACAGAUGGGAUGCACCUGUAGCACUUGGUGUCGUUGACCCACAUGAUUCACUGUCACAUCCUGCUGGUGUGUCUGAUGUUCAAACUGAGUCUGCCAGUCCAGUGGACCCUGAUCAGUUCACUAACUUUUUGAUUCCAAACUGGUUUGAAGGGCAGCAAUCUGGGUCCACAAAAGAUAAUCCAUUCCCCUUACCGGAUGCUUAUUUGGCAUCCCAGCAGAGAAAUCACAAGAACUUGGAGGAGACUAAGAAUAGUUUGAAGGACAUCGACCUUGACGAGAGUCGGAAACGGGAAGUAGCAGCUGCUCUCCAUGUGUGCUUUAAAGACUGGUUAUAUGCUUCAGGAAAUAUACGGCAACUAUACUGUCUUCAAGGAGAAUAGUGUUCUGCACGAUGUUUCGCAAGUGUAGUAAGGAUGGUAACUCUCCCCUUCCGUUGUAGAUUUCAGUUUCAUCCGCCACAGGUUCCUCCCUGCCAUUUUUGUUGGUGCUGAAAGCAGCUAAGAAUUUGAUGCUAUUGCAAUAUUUGGCCGUGCAGCUUACAGACAAGUUACCCUCUAGAACUCUUGUGCAGUUUAUAACCAGAAUGCCUCAUGACUUGAACCGUGUUACUUCUUUCUUUUCGAAACUGAACUGUCUUGUACUAAUAUGGAAGUCAAAAUAUUUAUAGUUUUCAGUUUCCCCUUUUUAUGCAUUGGUCUUACUAGGUCCCAAACUUUUAGAUGAGGAUUAAUCUGUUAUUAUUUGCUUUGUUUGGGUUCCUGUAUGCUAAUAAGAGAUGCAGAAUACCUUGCUGA